UGAGCUUCAAUAUCUGAAACUAGUAGGAAGUACCACUCCGUUAAUCGAGGAUCAGACUAAAAUAAAUCGUGAUAUACCUUGCUCUACCAUGGAAUAAUAUAUGCCUAUCAAGAAAGGAAUAAUCGACAGAACUACAAAUAAGAUGACGGACAUGGACGUAUUCAGUUUCCUAUAUGCGAAGAGCAAAUUCAGGCUAGUGGCUUCGCCGCGGAUACCACGUUUAUCUAUUUGUGUGAUGGUAUUAUGUACAGUGCUAACGUUACUACCGCAUCGUAUACACGGAUCAUGCAUGUCGGAUGGAGACUGCGGAGUAGACGGCGUCUGUGAGAGAGGAUCGUGCGUUUGUGCUGCCGGGUGGUCGGGCGAUGUGUGUGAUCACUGUCAAGGAAGAACUAGGUUAGAAGAAAGUUCAGGCUACAUAAUAGAAGCUUUGGAUGAUUAUCAAGAUAGAAGAAAAUGUACAUGGCUCAUAGAUGGGGGCAGGCCUGGAGCAAACAUACGCUUCAUCCUCCAAGAGUUUGGAACAGAAUGCAGCUGGGAUUAUCUCUAUAUAUACGACGGUGACUCAAUCUAUGCGCCAUUAGUAGCAUCACUCAAUGGUCCAAUAAUUCACGAUACAGUUAAUAUCAAUCAUGAGAUCCUCACAACGUCAGGCUUCGCCUACCUGUACUUUUACAGUGAUGCAGCAUUCAGUCUAGAUGGCUUCAAUAUUUCAUACAGCAUUGAAAGCUGCCCGGGGAACGGAUGCAGCGGCCACGGGAACUGUUCCAGCUACCAUCUCAACUGCUCCUGCGACCCUCUAUGGCUCGGAGAAGCCUGUAACAUUCCUGCGUGUCCUAGCAACUGCAGUGGGUUGGGCUACUGCGACCCCGCCUCCAAAGCCUGUGUCUGUCCAACGGGUUACAAAGGACGUGACUGUGGGACGCUGGCAGAGGAUGGCAUAUGGGAGAUAAAAGAGGGCGCUAUCGGUGAAGGGCGGGGCGCGGCCAGCACCAUACUGAUUGGGGAUGACCUCUGGGUCGUCGGAGGCUACACGUAUAACGAGAAACAAAAUCUAACCGUCUCCAGAUAUAACAUUCCAACAGAAACAUCACUGGUCAUAGAUGCCGUGGCAGAAUACAGAGUCCUGCCCAGGCCAAGAUUUUCACAUUCUACUGUCCUGUAUGAGGAUAAAUUCUAUAUGUUCGGCGGGUCGUUAUCCGGGAGCGGGAUAACAGCUGAGAUGUGGUCCUUUGAUCUUGCGUCUCAAACAUGGACCAACAUGACGGACGGACCCCACGCCUUAGAGGGCCACAGUGCGCAUGUCAUUGAUGACGUCAUGGUCGUCUUCUUUGGCUACAGUCCCAUAUAUAGCUACAUCAAUCUGGUUCAGGAAUAUAACAUCACAUCGGGUAGAUGGUCGGAGGUGAGGACCAGGGGGGCAGCGGUGGUAGGGGCGUACGGGCAUUCCAGUGUCUAUCACCCAGAGAGUGGCAAGAUCUACAUACACGGAGGGUUUAAACUGAAGACGGGCAACGAUCAUAUGCUGUCAGACCAAACAUACCAGUAUGAUGUGAAUACAAAAUCAUGGCUUAUAUUGAAGGAGAGUCUUCAGCCCCGGUUUUUCCACUCAGCAGUGAUUUUAAACGGGUUGAUGCUUGUAUUUGGGGGCAAUACGCAUACAGACAACACACGCCCUAAUGGAGCCAAGUGCUAUUCCAAAGACUUCUUAGCUUACAACCUUGAAUGUGCAAGCUGGGAGCAGAUAGAGAUGACCACAGGGUUACACAACGAGGUAUCUCUCUUUGCUCAUAGAGCAUUCAUCUAUCAGGAAUCCAUGUGGAUAUACAGUGGAUACAAUGGUCUUCUCUCUACCAGUGCCUUAUUAUACAUCCCAGGGAACUGUUCUGUAAUUACUAAUUCUUCCGUGUGUGUAGAAGGCCUGCCUGGCCUUUGGUGCGUCUGGGAUCUCGUUAGUGAAUCCUGCGUGUCAGCAAACUCCGUCCCAGAGCUAGCAACUAACCACUCAACCUGCCCCAUUGAAGAAGAUCCACAGUGCGGUAUGAUCAGCACCUGCCAAUCCUGUGUUGAGGCACCAGGCUGUGGAUUUUGCAAUGGAAACUGCAGUAAGAAGUGUGCAAAUGAGAUAAGCAGUCAAGAGUGUGAACCACCAACAUGUUCCGUCUUCUACAACUGCCGCUCCUGCAAUAGUCAGAACUACUGUCAAUGGUCGGGUGGAAAGUGUCAACCUUCAACAUCGGGAGGUAAUACAGGGUCAUGCAGUGAACCAUGUGGUUUAUUUGAUUCCUGCUCCUCGUGCCUGUCAGACAAUAGCAACAGCUGUAUGUGGUGUCAGAGUCAGGAAAGAUGUGUGGAUUCCACCACCUACAUGACAUCAUUUCCAUUCGGUCUGUGCCUGGAGUGGAGAACCAAUGUAGAGAAAUGCCCAAAAAUCUGUACCAACUACCAGACGUGUCAGGAGUGCCAGGGUGACCCUGCCUGCGGUUGGUGUGAUGGAGGAAACAGGGACGGCCUAGGGGCAUGCAUGGAAGGCAGUUACACCGGACCCGUCAACACCGCCCUCGAACCCGUCGUUGUCGACUACGGCAUGUGCCCCGCCCAGAGGUGGUAUUUCGUCCAGUGUCCAUCAUGCCAGUGCAAUGGUCACAGUACGUGCCCGAAAAAUUCGUCUGAGUGUGGCUUGUGCCAAGACUACACAGAAGGUGAAAAGUGCGAUACCUGUCAGCUCGGCUACUACGGUCGGCCGCAGAACGGUGGCGAGUGCAACCCCUGCUCCUGCAAUGGUCACUCUGACAUAUGCCACCAGACCACUGGUCAGUGCUACUGUGAUGCUAAGGGAGUGACCGGCAACAACUGCGACAGAUGUGAAACAAAUGCCAAGUACUAUGGGAAUCCUAUAAAUGAUGGCUACUGCUAUUACAAACUCUUGAUGAAUUGGCAAUACACCUUCAAUCUUUCUGAUGAGGAGGAUAAAAACCACACCCGCAUCGCUAUGAUGACUGCCCCCAACAGUCCAAACCGAGAUAUUGAGUUCAUUCUUCGUGUUGACAGUCCAGUCUACCUCAACAUUACAUACACUGCAAAAGACGUGGAAGGGGAGCAAACGGUGGUCGAUGGAAUGUACGUUGAAUCCACGUACCGCCGAAAGCUGUCUCGUUACGAAUACGACUUCAGCAUGGAAGGCAACACAACUUUCUACUUCUACCUCUCCAAUUUCACAACGCCCAUGUCAUUUGAGGUCUCUUCAGCGAUGACCCAGCCUGAUACAGGUAUCUUCAUGCGGAUGUACACAGAGACUAUCCCAAGCCGUGUGAACAAUCCCACUGUGACAUACCCCACCGAAACACAGUCACCUCACGAUCGAGAAGGUCAUAGGAGGUUUUCCUUCUCCUCCACAAGAUAUAAACUGACCAUCAGUGUGAUGGCUAUAAUCAUAGGCUUUUCAUGCCUUGUGUCUGGGAUCAGGAUAUGUUGUGAUAGAAACUUCUUUCGGCAACGUUCGGGUCGGCGGCAACGGGCUGUCGAAAUGGCCGUAAUGGCUAGUCGACCGUUUGCAGCGGUCAACGUAGAGGUCAGCAAAUCGGCACCACCAGAUCUAGUUGCUGAAUGCCAGAAUUAUCAAGUACUAGCAGCCCUAGAGCCAUGUAGCGACAACAAAGCCGGUAUCAUGACCGUGUUCCUGCAGCUGCCCAUGCCAGAUGGAGAAGCGCCCCCUCUUGGCCAACCCCGACUAGCCCUGGCAUCGGCCCUUGUUCAACUCAAACCAAAGAAAGCCGAGAUGAAGGAGCAGCGGGAUAGGGAGAGAGACGCACGGGAGAGGGAGAGGGAGAACAGGGCGAGGGAGAGGGAGCAGAGAGAGAGGGAGAGAGAGCAGGAGACGCAGCAGAGACAUCAGCAGCAGCAGCAGCUACCCGUAGCACCCCUAGCCGCAAUACAGUCAGACGACGCCCUCUCAGUCAGUGUGUCAGAGGACGCGAGACACAUACGGCAUCACGCGGAUCACGCGUACGAUAACCCUGCCAUGGUAUAGCAUUCCCUUCCAUUUUACUCUGAUUUCAAAAUGUCAGACAGGUUUGUCAACAGCAAAUGUUUCUUCGUUAGCUUUUCAUUUAAAAACGAAUCAUAAAUUCCAAAUCCAUUUUAAUAAACACAAUUAUGGCUCAUUUUCAGCAACUCUUUGCCUUUUAUCGAAAACUUUGCAAUUUGAUAUUUUCAGAUUUGCUCAGAAUGGAAUUGUAUACUUUCAUUUUUUAGAAAUAUAAUUAAACAAUCACAAUUUUUUUCUUCAGUUGUAUCUUCAUUGUAAAAAAACAUAUUUUGAUUUUAUAAUUGUUCACAUAUUGUUGACAUGAAAAGUUACUUUGUCCUGAUGCUAUGUUCAUUUUAAACAGUUUCAAAAUAGUAGAGACUUUAAUCUUUUGUAGAGGUUCAGUACCCAGGUUCUUUUUAAUACAUGUACUUAACCACAUGUUGAAUUAAAACGACUGACAUCUUGAAAUCAGACUUUUUUUAAGAACAGAUAUAUCUUUAUUUCUAGUGCCUGAUUUAUCCUGUAUAGUAUAUGUGACAAUUUUUGUAAAUUGAAACUUAAGAAUGUAUUGCCAUUGAAAUACUUGAAGAUGAUUUUAUAGAUUAUGAAUGAUAACUACGACAAGUUUUGUGUAUUGAAUAUGUGAUUUAGCUAAUGGUUCAUGUAAUACAAAGAGAGAAUAUGAAAUGUAUUCUUAUUGCGAGAAAUCCAUGUAAAUGGUAUGUAGCCAAAUGCGAUUAAAAAAAAUGAUGUGAUUUAUUAUGAGAAUCAUGAAAGAAAUCAGAUUAUUUUUUAGACUGUUCAUUUUAAAAUGGUAGUGAAUUUUAAGAAGAUGUCAAAAACAUCUGUAUAUUACGCAGAUAAACAAGUUUCCGGACAGGUUUUUUUUUUUAUAAAGAUAAGCUCAUCUUUAAAUUGUCUACACCGAUGUUGAUCAUUUAUUCUGUAUAUUUCAAAUGAAAAUUUUGACCAAGAUUUUGUCAAUAUUAAAGCUUUUAACUUUUCUUUUUAAUCUUCCUGGCUUCAAAUGACAUACUUAACACAACAGAAAUGGGUACCAGUUGUGUACAAAAUUGGUCUUUCUACUGUUUUAUCUAGGAUAUAUUCUAGGACUUCUGAAUCAAAUGAUAUCAGCCAAACUACAACUUUUGGAGAUAUGUCUAGAAUAGGUAGUCACUCCAUAGCAAGAAGAAGAAGAAGCUGGUAUUUACAGAGCUGUGUAAUAUAUUAAAUAGAGAGAUAGAGAGAGAGAGAGAGAGAGAGAGAGAGAGAAAUGGAGAGAGAGAUAGAGAGAGAGAGAGAAAGAGAGAAGGGGGGGGGGGGUCAAGAAUUAGUAAUGGAAAUUGGUAAGGGACAAAAUAAAUUUAGGGGAAAAUAUAAAAUGGGAGUGGAUGAUCAAAGAGGGUGUGAGAUAUGUAUCAGAUGGAGUUUUAGAUACCAAAUGUUAAGUUUUCUCAUGUGGAGGUUUCUUUCUAUUAUUCUUGAAAUUUUGAAUGAAUUCUCAAAUUUGUUACCAUUGAACACAUUUUUUAAAAUUGAUAUGAACAGUGAAAAGGCGAAAGAAACAUGGUUAAAUGCUUGUGUCAUGAAUUUGUAUUUAUGAUACUCGUUUGGAGGUAGGUGGUAUUAAUGUAAAGGGGAAAGUAAGACUCGAAGAGACAAAAUGAUUGUAAUCUAUGAUACUGAAUGUAAUAUCUUUAUGAAGAGAACAUGCAUCAUUCCAAUUCUUAGACUGAACUGGGCCUCCGUCAGACAAAGUGUUGUGAUUGGUCAGAAUCGAUUGCAAAGUCCUCCAAUAGACCACCUUGGAGAUACCACAUGACUGUACAAGUGACCCCCAAAUAUCCAUAGAUCUUUUUGAACAUGGACGCGUCUCACUUUGUGCAUUUUAGGAAGAACAUUCACUGCCAAAGUGAUGGAGGUGCUUCAUGAAUACUUUUGAUCGCCCUCCUGAAAAGAAUACUUCCACCUGUGUAUCAUAAAAUGUACCGUCGGUGCAUAUAUGAAUAUUGAUUACAUAAUGUUUAUGAACUUUUAUCCAGCAUGCGUCUCGAUGGAUGUUACAGUCUUGUAACUGUUUUGUAAAACAGUUUUAUUUACAAAUGACCUUCAUCUGCCGAUGUGCAGAUUGUAUCUCUGCAGUGGCUCAUUAUUGGACUGCGAAAGAUCAAAGACUUUUAAGUCAAUAUGGGUCAAUUGCAACUCUUAAUAAGACAAGGUGGAGACCUACUGUGAAUAUGCAGAAGUGCAAUAUUGUUUUUCAUACUAGUAUAACAGAAAAGCAAGCAUUAUUCUUUUAAUAUUCAUGAAGAAUCACAGUCGAACCAAUAACCUGGGGGCCAAAGUGUACUGUGUGCAUGGAAUUUGGGCCAUGAUAUUUACAACAAUAAUAAAGUAUAGAGUGAUGAUAAUUGCUAUGGGAUGAUAGAAUAAUGUGAUAUAUACCACUCUUUCCAAAUCAUGUGGUGUUUAUUUUCUACUACUAUCAUGGUCAUGUUGUGUGUUUUAAUGAAAAAUGCUGCAGAUGAGUGUUAAAUACUGUCUAUUUGUCAGAAAUUUAUGAGAAAUUGUAAAGGUGGAAAUUGAAAUGGUAUUGUUGUGUCAAUGUAAUGGUGUUUACAUACAUGUGAAAUGUAAAAUCUGUUGGGUAAAGGAUGCAUGGUUGAGAUUCCAGCGAUAAUAUUAAAUGAAAUGCAAAGAUGGAAUGUGCUUUUAAUAAGGCAUGGAUAAACAUAGGACCAUGAUUAUUGAUAAUGUUUACUUUGAUAAAAAAGUCAAAUGCUAGGGUUAGUCUAGGAUGCAAAAUUUCCUGCUAUUAAUUUAAAUGUUAGGUAUAGCUAGUCUGCAGUUUGAAAAUUCCUGCUACACAUUCUCCUUUCUUACACAGCAACUCUCCAAGUUUUAUCUAUCAGUACUUUCAACAAUCAA